UAAAGGGUCACGAAGCUGGGUCCCUGGGGGUGGGACGGGCUGUGGUGGGGAGGGACCCCUGCCCCUUGGUGGGCAUCUUAUCUGCUGGUGCCAGGCAGGGCCAUCCCGGGGUGGGGGCAGCAUCUCCCUGGGCUGUUAUCAGCCCAGAGUCCACAGGACGCUCCUCGGGUUAACGUGUAACCACACACCGUCCCCUCCACCCCCAAAGCCAUCCCUGCCCUCACACGAGCCACUCCAGGGGGGAACACAGGCUGACAUGGACGCCCAGAAGGAGGGGCUGCCCCGAAACGCUCGCUUCUCAGCCCAACAGCCACGCCUGAUCGGCCUGACCCCCUUCUUCCUCGCCUGUGCUGCCUACUUCCUCCUCUGGGUUCCGGACGACCCACCGUCCUGGGUCGGCGCGCUGGUGAAGUCCCUGCCUGUGCUGUCCCUGGCCAGCUUCCUAUGGACGAGCCCUGGCGGGGACUGCAGCACUCGCCUGCAGGCUGCUCUGCUGUUCUCCGCCCUCGGGGACAUCUGUCUUGUCUGGCCCCAGGCCUUCCUCUACGGUGUCCUCGCCUUCACCCAGGCCCAGCUGCUCUACACCUGGGUCUUCGGCCUCAGGCCCCUGCAGCCAGGCCUCCUGCCGCCCGUCCUCCUGGUCUCCCUCCCGUUCUCUGGCUUCCUCCUGUCGCACCUGCAGCCCGACAUGGUCCUGCCCCUGACGGUCUAUGGCCUGGCCCUGAGCACCAUGCUGUGGCGUGGCCUGGCCAGGGGUGGCAGGGCCUGCUGGGGCGCCAUGCUCUUUGCCAUCUCGGACUCGGUGCUGGCCUGGGACACCUUCAUCCAGCCUCUGGCCCACGGCCACCUGCUGGUCAUGGCCACCUACUACGCUGCGCAGCUCUUCAUCACCCUGUCAGCCUUCCAGGGCCCCAGGCUCAAGACCAGCUGACCGAAGGCCCACACAUGCCCGCUGCAGAGUCCACCCACUCCCCUCCUGGAAGGACCUGGGCCUCCCAGCCAGACCCGGGUGGGGCAACACCUUUGGGGGACGCAGCCAGCCUCCCAGCCUCCGUCUGCAGGGGCUUCUGCCCACCUGAACGCCUAACCAUGGGCAGAAUUCCGAGUCCACCCACCGCCAAGUUCCGAACACCUUCCCCCAGUUCUGGUUCCAGGUUCCAGGACCCUCAGCCAGACCCUCGCCAGGCCCUCCCCAGGCCCCUGCCUGCCUCUGACCGCAGGCUGCCUCCUGUGUCCGCUGGCCCCCUUCCCUCUGGCCCUGGUUAUUCAUGUGUUGUCUGAGUAAAGGGGAUGUGGAAAUGA